AGAGAAAGAAUAAUAAAAAUUAUUCCAAAAAAAUCCUCCAUAUUCUUCUCCCCUACCCCUCUAGUUAUGUGCUGUUCUCUGUCUGGUUUGUGAAGACGACUCGUAAAAAUCAUCUAAAAAAUUCCCAUAAUCAGAUCUAACAAAAAUGCUUCCUAUUACGGCGUCGUUUUCUUCUGAUUCAUCCAUGGAUCUACUCAUGUAAAUUUUCAAUAACAUAUUGAACAAAUUUUCCGGUAAAGUAUUCCUAAUGGAUUUGGAUGAAUUCCGGUUGAUACUAUCGGAGUCCAAGGUAGAUGUAUGGACGAUGAUUGAUGCGGCGAUUUCUGUUGCUGCAGUUGACUGUGCCGAUGAAUUGAAACGUCGACGUGAUGGAAUCGUUGAAAAACUCUACUUCACGCGCUCCCGGAGCUCAGAUGACGUUGGUAAUGGUCAGCAUAGGUUAGAUAACGGUACUAGAAAUGUGGAGAUGAUGAUGAAUAAGAGUCCGUUAACACCGGAGUCUAAUCAACGGGAGAAGGAGAAUAGUAAUGACAAGAAUGAAGAAGAGGAAGAUGCAGAUCCGUAUGGAGGAUUGUUUGAUGAUGAUGAUGAACAAACUCAAAUUCUAACAAUCAAACAACAGCUUGAAAAUCCACAGCUGUCGGAUGAGGAUGUGGUUGACCUGCUUCAAAAUUUAGCAGAUAUGGAUAUUACAUUCCAAGCUCUUCAGGACACUGAUAUUGGAAGGCAUGUGAAUCAAUUGAGGAAGCAUCCAUCAAGUGAAGUUAGGAGAUUGGUGAAGAUGCUUGUGAGAAAAUGGAAAGGAACUGUUGAUGAUUGGGUUAGGCUCAACCCGCCUGAGCAACAUGAGUCUGCAAAUCUUAUUGCUGCUGAUGACGACUCGCCCCAACAGAGUGUACGGAGGAAUCAACAGAAUGGUAAUCAUCAGGUUCCUGACUUUGCAUACUCACCGAAUCCUCGAAAUGGGAGUUCGAGCUCGGACAGGAAUAAUUCAGAAUCAGAGUACAAGCCUAAACCAGUUCCCCAACGGAAUGUAACCCCUACUAGACCACUGCAGUCUGCUCCUAAACCUGUUUCGGCUCCUCCCCCAAGUAGACCUCUUCCGAGGGAAUCCGCUAUAGAUAUUGAGAGGCUGAAUUCAGCAAGAAGGCGGCUUCAGGAGAAUUACCAAGAAGCUCAAAAUGGUGUGGUUUUGGAUUUUAGCAUAUUAUACUGCCGUAUUAUUAGCAAUAGCAAAAGUAGAGUUAGUUGCUCUAGUUGGAUUUUUUAUCGACUGUUGAUGUAUUGUUUUUGCUUUUUGUGAAGCUAAAAAGCAAAGGACAAUACAGGUGAUGGAUAUUCAUGAGAUUCCAAAACCAAAGAACGGCUUCAUUGCCAAGAAUAAAGGCGGCUUUCAGAGCAGGCAUCAUCGUUGAGAUAAAAAGCCCCCUCCCUGUCUGUGUGUACAAUACUACUGUUCCUCAGCUUUAAAGUUCAAAACUCUGCAUCUUUUGUGAUAACAGGGAUUUUACCCAAACCUUUUUCUUUCCAAUCAAAAAACUAUUUAGUCCUUCUAUACUUUUUUGGGUUAACUAAUCUAUAUAGCUUUUGUUCGAACG